AUGACUGAACCCUUGGCAUCAAAAACCCAAAUACUCAUUACUGAUAUUCCACAUCAAGACUUCGCUAAUGGGCUGCCUCAAAAGCUGCAAAAACUGCUCUUUGAAGAGCAGUUUCCUUCACUGAAAUCGCACUGUCAAUACUAUACUCCUCUAGCUUUCCUAAAUCGGGUGGUGCUGAUUUUUGAUCAGGAAGAGGCUACGCUUACGGUGCACGAAUUUCUGCUCGAACAUCUUGCCUCUCAAAAACCCAUCAAAGUGUUUCUAACAGAAUCGCUGCUGGCGAAGCCUCGUUCAAAAUCGCACGAUUCAUCCCCUAUCGACAAUGUGGAAUUCCACACGUUCAAAAAACCUCAGUUGUCUCUGGACACCCAAGGCUCUCCCAACGGAUCGCCCUCGCUCUCACCCGACAGAGCGGAUCCACGGUCGCCAACAGCAAUGAAAUUCCCGGACGAUGGUAAAAUUCACUACUACCAAGAACCCCUGCCAAAAUCAGAAUCCCCAGAGAGAGACAAUACCAGUCAGGAGGGCACCAAGCUACUAUACCAGCCCCGUCUCUCUCUCAAUACCACCAACACGGGUAGAAGCUCCGACAGCUUUAUGUCAGCGCCUGUCAGUCCUUCAAUAACACUCAACGAGUUCACCACAUAA